CGAGCGGCAAAGUUCACUGGUUUCGAAGGAGCUUAUUCCCAGGUCUGUGUGUCGUACAGGAUUGCAACCGUAGUUCAAACUUCGACUGAAAGGGGGUUAAGAGAGCGAGAAAGAGGUGGCGCGUAAAGAAGUCCGCCUCACUCCCUGGCCUUGGGUGUGGCGCGAGAAAGAGAGGCGCUCCGGCUUGGUCUAUCUUUUCCUUCUAUUCUGCUCUGCGGAAGCUGACCGGAGAGGUUCUCAACGAGAGCGAACAGCGCGUAUCUGAGGGAAUCUUCACCCACUUUUUUUUCUUUUUCUUUUUUUGCGGCGCGCCUCUCAGAGCAGCAGCAGCAGCCGCGGUCGCCUCGUCCUCGGGUAGGUUAGGAAGUUUGUAGGGCGGCGCCCGAAGGAGGCAAGAGCUGGGGAAUCCCGUCGAGUCUUAUGCCAUUUCACAGCGAGACUCGGGCGCGUCACCAAGAUUGGCUUUUCCAGAAAAACGAGAGAAGAAAAAAACCAAACAAACUGAAAACCUGUGAAAACUAUACCAAGCAGUCCUCUGAAGUGGGUAGAAAUGUAGCCCUCCAGUAGGGCCAUGAACCUAAAACUAAUCUAUGUAUCUGUACUGAUGUUUGGAGUAGUGGGUUUAUUCCUCUUCAUGUACCUGCAAGAUUGGAUUGAAGAACAACAUACAGUGUCUGAAGAAAAACAACAGCAUACAAUUAACCAGAACUUCAGAUUCUAUUCUUCAGAGGAACCUGAAAGAACACCAAAAAACUGGGUCACUGCUGAGAAGCUUGACAAGCCGAGUAAAACUCUUGCCAGGAGUGGGUUUUCUCAAGGAGAUGCUGACCCUUUUCUAGCAAUGGCAGGCUCCAUGACUACUAGAUUAUCUGAAGAGCCACAGAAGAUCAAAUCACUUCUUAAACAGUUCAAGCAAGUGAAUUUUCCACCAGCUGUGCACCCUUUAAACAAAACUUUCAUCAAAGACAAUCACUGGAAAAUCACAGAUGAGAUGCAAGAGAAACGACGAUCUUUCCUCUAUGAUUUCUGCAAAAGAUAUGUUAGCAAAACCAGACCCCGUACUCUCUUUAUGCGCAUGGUGUCCAGAAUAUACGUGGAAGAUAAACACAAACUCUUGUAUUGCGAGGUGCCUAAGGCAGGUUGUUCUAAUUGGAAACGGGUUUUGAUGAUACUCAGUGGUGUUGCCAAGUCUGCUGCUAAUAUUACUCAUGAUGCUGUGCACUAUGGAAAGCAUCUCAGGAAACUAGACAGCUACAAUUUAAAAGGGAUACACAUGCGUUUAAAGACAUACACCAAAGUUAUAUUUGUGCGGGAUCCCAUGGAAAGAUUAGUGUCUGCAUUUAGAGAUAAAUUUGAACACCCCAACAGCUACUACCAUCCUGUAUUUGGGAAGGCUAUUAUUAAGAAAUAUAGGCUUAAUGCAGAUAGACAGGCACUGACAACAGGCUCAGGAGUGAAGUUUAAAGAGUUCAUCCAGUAUUUGCUAGAUUCCCGUCGGCCAAUAGGUAUGGACACUCACUGGGAGCAAAUCAGCAAACUUUGUUAUCCUUGUGCUAUCAACUAUGAUUACAUUGGUAAAUUUGAAACUUUGGAAGAAGAUGCCAAUUAUUUUUUGAGACUAAUAGGUGCUCCAAAGGGGCUGACUUUUCCUAAUUUCAAAGACAGGCAUUCCAGUGACAAAAGAACAAAUUCAGAAGUUGUGAGACGAUACUUACAAGAGAUUCAUACCACAGAAAGACAGCAGAUCUAUGACUUUUAUUAUCUGGAUUAUUUAAUGUUCAAUUAUACUGUAUCAUAUGCAUAAUCCUGAUUUGGUUGGCUGAAUGCUAAGCAAUUUUACCAUUUAGCUUGGGAAUAAAAGAAAUGUAACUCCUUAAAUUAUUGUUAGCAUAUUCAUAAGCUAAAGUGACACCAACUGGCACAAGCUAUAAGAAUGACAGAGAAGAAAAAUUAAUUGCACCGAAAUGUCUGAAUGGAAAAACACUUUUACAUUGGACAGCUUUGCAGUCUGCAAUGCAAUAUAUCUAAUGUGAAUUGCAUUAAACCAAGCAUUCUUGCAAUGAUUUCAAAACCUCUGAAACUGCAUGAUCUUAUUGUAUCUAUACCCUGUCAUUUGUUGUGAAUGUAUUUUUGUACUUUUUGGGAAACAUUGAUUAAAAACAAGCUUUUUAAACAAAUUUG